AUGUCUUCCCAACCCACUGGAUUCUACAUGAAUGCCCCACCGACUGGCCAGGCACUACAGUCUGAGAAGCGACCCAACGCUGCCUUCGCCGACUCUGCACGCCAGCACACUGAGCCUCCCAGAACGCCGUCGAGAUCCAACCGCUCCCGCACCUUAGCGGUGACUUUCCGCCUUUCAGAAGGAUGUCCGCACAGCGAGCCAUUGGACCUUCAUUUUUCGAUCGCCCUUCCCUCUUCUCCGAAUUGCCUGCACCCUGAGGCGUUCGGAGAAAGCUGCCAGCCUGCAGCCAGCCCGACCAAGUCCAUUGCCGCGCCGGUGUCAAGCCCUGCUAUACUACGUCAGCGCCCAGCUUCGGCGACUCGUUCAAUGGCAGUCAACUGUGGCACGACUUCUCGAGAAGCACGACCUGGGCGAUCGGGCAUUAUGGCAAGAGAUUUACCAUCGUCGCCAUCGCCGCCUCCCAGCUCCAGCAGAGCCGGCGGGCCUUCACACGGCCUUCAGCCCAUUGUACCCUUACCUUCCGAUGCGUCCAGAGCUAACUCAGACAGCCGCUCCAUGCGCAGGUCACGGUCUAGGGGACCUAGUAUCCUUCUCGCCGUCCCAGCAGUAUCGAUGGACAAAGGUGUCACUCGUGGCGUUUCCUGGAAAUCAACGGAGUUGUUAUCCGUUGCGGAGGAGGCCGUUGGUACGAAGGCGAGCAGUGCAUUGCGAGUUGCAUCUCACCCUCGCUCCGGACCUUCGACACAUCACGGGGGAAAGGGGGUUGCUCCCAAAGACGCUAUCCAUGGCUCUCGGGACGAGGAUGCGGCUUCGGUUACGGAGGACUCUUCGGAGGAGGACGACAACUCGUCAAAGACUCCUCAUCCUCGGACCUCUAUCGUGGUACGAAGCUUUCAAGGUUACCGCACUGACUUGCGCCGAGCUUCUCAUGAGAAGAACCAGAACGACGACGACACCUCCGUCACAGAGAACUCUUCAGACGAGGAUGACUCUCAGUUCAAGCCUGCAGCUCAACCUCGGACAUUCAUCGCGGAGCGAGGCUUCCAGGGCCGCCGAUCUGAGGCACUCCCUCUUAAGAGGGAGCAGGAUGACGACGCUGCUUCGGUCACAGAGAACUCUUCGGACGAGGAUGUUGAGGUAAUGCUGCAACGACCUAAAACCACUGCGAAACGGAAGCUUCAGACAAACCGCCCCGAGAUUAAUGAAAUGUCGGCUUCUGGGAGGAAAAGGUUGCGCACUUCCGAUUAG